AUGCAUCCCAACGCUACGGUCGUUCGUCGAAGCGGUGAGGUGAACGCCUGGGACAACGAAGAGUUCCGUGCAGCGGUUCGAGCUACCGGCAAGGACCAACUCAUCAUCGCUGGUAUCACCACCGACGUGUGCAUUACCUUCUUGGCACUCUCCCUCGUCGAAGAAGGCUACACCGUCUUCGCCAACUCUGAUGCUUCAGGAACCUUCAAUGUCAAGACCGCUGAUGAAGCCAACGCCCGCAUGCGCAACGCUUUGGUUGGGGGGGGGGGGGGGGCCGACAUCAUCUUUCUCUUGUAUUCACACAUACUAAGUAUCUAUCUAUCGACGUCUUCCGACCUGCGACGUUUCGUGUGCGACCUCAGCAGCCCCUCAAAACCCACAAUACCAAGUCUUCGCAUAUCAUCGUGA